GCCAUGUCGAACCCAAGCACGGCCGCGUUCGAAGCUGCGUACGACCUGCUCCACGCGCCGAGCACAUUUGCUGCGAGCGGCGCACUACCGCACCCAGCGCCCAUCCUCUUGACGCUCGCCGGCAUGGACGAGCCGCUCUCGUGGCCGCUCGGCGCUGCGCAAGCAAAGCAGAUUGCGACCUUGUACCCCGACACGAAGGUCAUCCCGUCCUCCGACAUUGUCAUUGAUCAACGCUACGCGCAGCACUACGACGACAUGCUCUCCACAGUGUACGACGGCUCUGUCGAUGCCGUCGUGCCGUCAAGCGACGCCAAGAUGGUGCUGUCGCACAUGGUCGUCGACGACAUCGGGGACGCCGAGAGCUUUUGUUUGCGUCCGACCGAUGACGAGGCCAUAUGCGCUACGACCUUUGGCGUCGUCAUCCUAUGGCUUCCGUCUGCCCACAAAGGCGGCGCUCUCACGCUCACGUACGGUGGCCAGUCGCAUACAGUUGAUGACAACACGCCGCUGGUCGAGACCGCGUUCGCUGCCACAUUUCUCUCGACGACGAUCACAUCUGAAGCGAUCACGUCCGGGCGCCGCGUCGCCCUUGUCUAUCGAUUGUACUACAUUGACGGACCGAUGCACUUGGUGCCGCCGACGCUUGACGCUGCGAUCGCAGCAUUCAAGGCUCUCGGGCAGUCGGGCGUCGCAACGAUCCAGCGCGUCGGCACGGAGCUUUUUACGUCUGACGACCGACUCUCGUUUGAGUCGCUCAUGGGUCUGGACAUGGCGUUUGUGGACGCUCUUGUCGCGACGGGAUGCUACGACGUCGGCCUCGCCGAUCUCACCGGCACGACGAUCGAGACGUUUUUGCCGCAUCCGUCGUGCGGCAUUCCAGAUGACGUUGUCCGCGACUGCCGUCGCACGACCAUCGAAGGUUUCUUGUCGUUGCCGCCGCCAACUGCCCCCGAGUUUCAUGGACCAUCACGCGCCAUUGUCUUUUGGCCCAAGCGCCACCGGUUGAACUUGGUCGGGAUGGCCAAAGCCUUUUUCAUUUUGGCGCAGCGGCUCACGGCACAGGACAACAAGGACGAUGAUGAUGCGUACCUUGGUAUUUCAAAGACGCGGGAGCUCGUGCUGGCGGCCAUGUCCAUCUUUCACGUCUCAAAUCCCUUGCCCAUCGAGUCGCACGCCAUGCGUAUCUACUUGUCGGUCGAACGACAGCAGCAACACGUCCCGCGGCACCUCAAGCGCAUGCAGCGGAUCUUGGUGGCCCUAAAGAACGUCGAGCUCUCCAGUCUCUUUAUUUCGGACUACAUCACGGUCGAGGACGUGCUUCCGUUGGUCGAUAUCGCACCCGUCAUCCACAGUCUCUUGGCGAUGCAUGGCUGGGGCCCGCUGGAGACUGCCGUGCUUCGACUCGUCCAGCGCUGGAUCAGGACGCAUGCAGAUGAAGCUCUCCAUCUGCUCACGAGCUUAGCUGGCCUCGACACUGAGUCGCCCGUGUGCCCAUCGCUUGGUCAGGCGCUCGACGCUGAGCUCUUCAAGCGCUGCUACCAUGUCGUGCGGGCAACGCCGGGUCUGCUCACCAACAAACGUUUACAAAACCGUGGCCCAAUCUUUCUCAAGGGUCUUCUCUUGCUUGAGCACUAUGUGCAAACGACGGUGGCGCAACUCUACGACGCUAACUACGUACGCCUCCCGCCGGUUCUCGUCACAGCCAUUGACGCCUACCUCUUUCCAGCGCUCCCGGCGGUCAUGAGCUUUGAUCUACCAACCCACGGCCUUGACCUACUCCAGGAUAUUGCUGUGGGUCUGGCGUCGGCGGCGCGCUGCCAGCCCUUGCUCCCACUGCCGGUGGCCGUGGUGGACGAGAUCCUCGAGGCCGUGCGAGCGAUGCCACAAGAUUAUGCAGCUGCUCUUCGACACCGCAUCGAUGUCCCUGCCGCCGUUCUUGCCUUGGCGAGUCUCACGCAGCGAUUUGACGCUGGGCUAUUUGCCACGUGCACGGGCAUUUGGGGUCUCGGGAUGCUCCCUGCCGUCGCCUCGAUCACGUCGCAACUUGAAGACACGGCGCUUUUAAGCCCACUGCUUGUCGACUACGUCGAUAGUGUGGCCGAGACGCUCGCGGACAACUCGGUGUGGGAAAAGGCGUGGCGCCGCCCCGUGUACGCGGCCGAGGACGACGCUGCCACCCAGAUCGGCGUCUUUCUCUUCCUCGACACGGUGCUCGCGUUGAAGCUUGUGGCGCCAAACCUUACCCUUGCCUUUGCUGCGAGGUGGUUGCAAACUCUGCCGACGACGCUCGAUGCCAUCGACAGUCUGCUCUUGCCGGUUGUGGUGCGCCUUGACCAAGCCUCUGCAGUCUAUCGGCUAGUGGCAAAGACGGUCGUCGAGCGGUUCGCUGCCGAGCCGCCGCUGCCAGACGUCACCAACUUUGAAAUGCAACCACACCCAAGCCUCGACAAUGAACAUUGCUACCAGUGUCGUAAUGCCCACGAAUUUGCGCGCGAAGCCGACAAGGCGUCGCAGCCCUGUCAUUGCGGUAGAAACGAGCUGUGCCCGAACCUCGUGCGCAUUGGGGACGCAGACGCCGCCCGUCUCUGCUUUGUCGACACGGAUCCCGCGGACAAGGAUCGAAUAUUUCUCGAGGGUUCGGUGCGCCUUGAAAAAGUACGGCAGCCGGGUCAAGUCUCAGAGCCCGAGUGGCGCGCGCACAAAGCGAAGGUCGCGAUGUUGGCGCGUGUGACGGCAUUCAUCGAGCAAUUGAAGCACAAGCUGCGAGACGCGACACAUGAAGACGAGACGAGGGAAACGGAGGUGCCGCCAGCCAAGCGCUUGAGGCUUUUGUAAGCAGUCAACGUAAAAAAAGAAUUUGCGUUUGCAAAUGAUGUGCAA